AUGCAUGAAUCAACAGGUCGAACAAUCAAUUCAUCAUCAUUAUUAAUAUCAAAUGCAAAUCGUUCAUUGAACGUUAAUCCACCGAAAUUAACUCGGUCAUUGCCUCAAGAUAAUGCUACGAAAAAACUGAAAGUUAAUCAUGGAAAUGGUGUUAAACCUACGAUCGAUGGAAAUUCUACUGUUCGAAGUUCGAAAUCUGAUACAUCAUUAAGAUGUCCUUUGCGGCAAACAUUACCGAUAUUUAAGCAACCUGUCACCCACUAUCCAACAGAUCGUGAUGAAGUCAAGGCUCAAAUUAAUAAUGCAACAAAGUCGAAUGCUAACGGAAAGCCAAGCGAGAAAACAAAGCCGAGACAGCUUUUCUGGGAGAAACGUUUUCAAAAUAUUAGACCGAGCGAUAUUGAUGAAAAACCUUUCGAACAAAUUAAAUUACCAGAACCAAUAAAAAGUGUUGGUUUGAACAUGUCACCUGAAACUGUUCUGAUCAGUCUCGCAACAUCACUUCAUCUUUAUAGCAAUUCACGUGCAUUAUUUGGUCAAAAUAAACAAUUUCAAAAAAAUCCAACAAUUUAUAUUCAACGCGAUCAACCAUUAAUUAAUUAUAUUAACAUUACGGACGAACAUAUUCGUGCUCAAGAGGAAAAAGUCAAUGAAUUACGUAAACGUAUUCAACAAACGAUGUAUAGUACUGAAGCUUAG